UUGUCAGUGUCUCCUCUUUGUUUGAACUUCAACCGUGCAAAGUCCUGCAUGUGACAGCAGAGCUAAUAGGCAGAUUCACAGCCUCUAUAGGAGAAGCUAUGGCAGAUAUCAGCAAAACAGAGAAAGUUCAGCUGCACGCUCCGGUCCUGGAAGAGCUGCGGGGAGUGCUGCAGGCUGGGCUGGAAACCAAUUUUGCAGAAGUUCAAGUUAGUGUUGUGGAGUGUCCAGAUCUCACCCAGGAGCCUUUCCACUUCCCUGUCAGAGGUCUGUGUGGGAAUCCUCGCAUUACUGAUGUUGGAGGUGUGCCCUAUCUGAUCCCUUUGCCUCAAAAACAUAAGGAAUAUGAUAUGAACAUAAUAUCCAAAGAGCUGGAGCUGCCAGGAGCUUUUAUCCUUGGAGCAGCAGCCGCCCCUUCCAGAAUAGUCGGGAUGAACGCUGAGCUCAUGCCUCUUGUCCUCACUGAGGCGGAGGGACGACCGGCUGUCAAUGGGAGCUACUUUUCCUUUAUCAACCCAGCAGAUGGCCAGUGUCUGCAAGAAAAGUACAGUGACAAAUUCUCUGACUGCAGCUUUGGACUGUUGGGGAAUCUAUAUGCCUGCGAGGGGAAGCCUGGAAAGGUCAUAGAGGUACGAGCCAAAAAGAGAACAGGAAGCAACAGUCUGGUAACGGCACUGAGGAAGACUCUGGAAGCUCAGUAUCCAGAUAAGAGCCUUGCUCUGGGAGGAACCUUCAUCAUCCAAAAGGGGAAGGCUAAAAUUCACAUUAUGCCAAGAGAGUUCUCAACCUGCCCUCUCAACUCCAAUGACGAUGUCAACAACUGGCUGAAGCACUUUGAGGUUAGCGCUCCCUUCAUCUGCCAGUCCGUGCUUGUUUCCAGAGACCCUGGCUUGGACCUGCGCGUUGAGCACACCCAUGGCUUCAGCCACCACGGAGAAGGCGGUCACUACUACAUUGACACCACGCCUGACAGCGUGGAGUACCUGGGGUAUUUCCUGCCCGCAGAGUUUGUCUAUCGCAUUGACAGGCCUAGAGAUACACACACCGUUGGGCGAGAUUAGAAAACAGGGAUCAUACAAAGUUGGUAACACAGGAUUCAGCUAAAUCCCACUGAUACUAUGCAAUUUAUAAUUCAGGCCUAAUCAUUUCUUUUUAUUUUACUUCAAGUCUGAUGAUGUAUCUCAAGAAAAACUAGCUAAAGGAUAUAAGAAAUGUUGAUCUAGUUGUUUGCAGUAUAAUUAUAUUAUUAUUUGACUUGAGGUCCUUUGUGCUUCGUUCUUUAUCCAGCAAGUGAUCUGUGCUCCAGGUAGACAUGGUAGACACCUAGCCACCAUUUGAUUUAGUUUUUUGUUUUUUUGGUUUUUUGACAUACAUUUACUGUAACCAUGUGACUGACAUAAACAUGAAAGUAAAACUCAUGGUUUUGGGUUUCUAGAUUUCAAAAAAUACUGUCCUAAAGAAUAAAUAAAACGGUGAGUUUGCAAAAUGUGA